AUCAUUCUCAACUAAAGGGGCUUUAUGUAGAAGUGCCAGUCAUAAGAAUAUUCAUAAGCUGAUGACUUUCCAUGAGCUCAAGAGAUUUUUUGGUGCGUCGACCCAUAGUGAAGUUCCCAAGUAUGAGGUCAUAWGCCCAAUCAAGUGCGACCAAGAGGAGGUCGAUGGCACUAGAGAUGAAAAUAAGACGAGUUCUGAUGAACAGCACUACAGACUGAAAGCCUUUGGUAAAACACUUCACUUGAACCUGAGAGAGAAUAAGGAUUUGACUGUACCUGGACUGAUGAUGGAGUCGUACGUUGAUGGUAAAGUCAAYAGAACACCAKUAGAACCCAUAACUCACUAUUUUGGACAAGUGAAGGACCAUCCAGAAUCUAAUGUCGCUAUUAGUAGUAGUAACGGUGCUUUGUCAGGACUUGUUCAACUCAAAGAUACUUCAAUGUUUUUGCACCCGCUUCCACACCACUUAGCAAAGAAAUUUAGCUAUGAAAAUCCUCAUCUGAUAUACCAAUUCGAUCGGUUGAUGGACAACGAAACUGAAGAUAAAAGAUCUACUCUUAAAUCAUCCUUACGACAUCCUUACCUUURCAACACCAACAAGAGACUAAUCAAACGAGAAAACAGUCAUAAAGAGUAUAUCAUCGAGUACGCCUUGGUUGCCGAUGAAGCAGUGAAAGCAAUGCAUGGCAACAGCGACACUAACACUGCAACGUACCUUUUAUUGAUUGCAAACAUUAUGAACAGCCUCUUUCAUGAUGACAGCAUCGGCGAGAAGAAAGUAUCAGUUAUUGUUACCAAAAUACGCACCGUGACCAACUCUGAGUUGUACGUUAAUCAAAGUGAUGACGCAUACACAAAACUUUCAGGAUUGGCAUUGUGGACUGAGAAAACAUAUCCCAAAGACAGCGAAGUUCCGUUUGAUGCAAUAUCACUCGUCCAUAGCGGUGGAAGUCGUGUAGGAUUGGCAUUUCUGGGCGCCCUGUGUAAAAGUCGGAUAGCCUUUUCUAUGUCGGCUGAUAGCGGACUUAAAACUGCGUUUAAACUAACUCAUGAGAUUGCACACAACAUGGGUGUUGGUCAUGAUGAUACAGCACAUUGUGGGUCUGGUUACAUUAUGGAUGACAGCAUCGCAGGUCAAAAAAACUUUAGAUGGUCCACCUGUAGCAAAAACGCAAUUCAAAAAUACUUAAGUGGUCCCUGGUCUUCUUGCUUAUUAAAUGCACCCACUGAUGACCGUCCAGURCAAUCUGCCGCCAAGAUGGCUUCACUGCCAGGAGUUUUAGUGGAUGGUGAUAAGCAAUGUCAAUAUCAAUUUGGUAGUUCAUACAGACGUUGCUCGCAGCGUUUCGAUACCUGUACAAGUCUGUUGUGCACUGAUAACGGCCUUGUCUGCCAUAGCUACGCGGCUCCACCAAUGGACGGAACAGCAUGUGGAGAUAGAGAUUGGUGUAUCAAGGGUAUUUGUGUUGAUAAUGGUUCUCCAAGAAUCCAUGGAGGCUGGUCUGCAUGGUCUGACGAUUUCUCCGAGUGUAGCCAAACCUGCGGUGGAGGUGUUCAGUACAGGACAAGAACCUGUAAUAAUCCCGCCCCUAAGAAUGGUGGGGAUCUGUGUGAAGGU